AUGGAUAAUAACAAUAAUUGGCCUUGGAACAUCGUGAAUCGUUAUUGUCAGGAUCCCACUCAACGAGCGUGGGUAUCAAAUCAACUUCAUCAAUCGCCUAUUCCACCUGGUCAAUCACCUGAAGAUUGGUUAUUGGCCAGAUCAAUGGUAGCUGAAGGGAUGACCGAGGCAGAAGCUUGGGCACAAGUGCAUCUCUCACGCCAAAAUCAACAACAGAAUAACGGUAACACCAAUCAUACUAACAUGUUUGUUCAACAACCAACGGUCUUUCAAAAUGGAUCACCAUAUCAAGGCCAUCAACAACAGUUCUUCGAUCAAGCCAAUCACCUCAGUACGAAUUCACCAUACGGCUAUGUCUCUUUGCAGGAUGUCGCUCCGCAAGUCCAGCAGCAACAACAACCACAACCAAGAUCGCAGAACCCGCUUACCCUUCUGCAACAAAUUCCAGGUAUUACCCUACCUCCUCAGAUUCUUAACAUGAGUCCCGAGCAGCAAAUGACUGUGUACCGAUUAUUCAGAGAGCAACAAGAACGUGCUAGGAAUGCUGCCCAUCGAGCAGGUCCUGCAUCAAUCUCCCCGCAGCUUUUACAACAGCCACCACGUCCUCAGCAGGCACAGCAUAAUACGUUGCAAGGUCAGAGCCAACUACAACAACCCGAAGCUCGCCCUCAAGCCCAGCCCCGGCCUCAGCCUCUAGCUCGGCCACUCGUUACAAUCGAUCUCACGCAGGAUGGCAGUCCCAGAGAUGAAUCGCCAAUUCGAUUGAUUCCUCCUGGAUCUCCACGAACACCUUCGCCUAUGACUUACCACACACUCUCCAUCCAGCCUGCACCGAGCAGGAAGAGAUCACUGGUCCCCAUCCCUGCCCAAGAAUCCUCAGACAAAAUGGUCAAAAGAAUCCGACCAAAUUCAUCUUCCUUGGAAAAACCCAUCAAGAUAGAUAACAACAAUCUCCUCAAUGAGCCUAUUUUGAAAGCUUCCGGUUCUACGUCUGCAAAUGCAUCAGCAGCUGAACCAAUCACCAUGAAGACAAUCAGACCGUACUUGACGCCCGACGCACUGAAACUACCUAAACCCGCCCAGCUAUUCAAACAUAUUCGUAAAAGGGAGAACAAGAAAGGUGAAAUCCUACCACCAUUAUUCUUGCCUUCACCCAAAGAGGUAUUGGAGAUUGUCAGUGCGUUGAGGGAUCAUGCUUCCCCCGAAUAUCUCAGGGCGAUGGCGGAUGACGAACGAUACUGCGACGUAUGGUCAAGUUGGUUAUUGAAAUCCAUCAAGGAUAUCGAAAAAUGGGAAGUAGCUAUCGUACCGGUCUUGCAGGUUUUGGCCAAGACGGACAUGCCGAUUGAUGAAAUUGAAGAUACGAAAAUAAGGAUUCGAGCUAGGAAAUUGGUCAAUCUCGCGAAUGAGAAGAAUUUGGCAAGUCGAUCGGCCAUCCAAUCUGCCUUUCAGCGAUACGAUAACUACGUGGCCAAUGUACUUAUACCACAAGGGAGACGAAGUGCACCCGAUGAUGACGAAGAUGAUGAUUCUAAUAACAAGAAACGAAAGAUCGAUCAAGUUUCCAAAGACGAUAUAAAGCUCAAAAUUGAACCGGGAACAUCAAAACCUUCUUCGUCGAAAAUACCAGCUAUCAGCUCUGUAGCCAAUGGUUCCAAAGCCCCCGUUAAACCGUCGUCUACCGGUAAUACUUCGGGUAGUAGUCCGAGUGGUACUAAGCCAGUAGCCAAAAGUGCAGCGGACAUGUCAUUCUUUGGAACCUCAUCUUCCUCUUCAUCUAAACCGAAAGGCAAGUUACCAGAUAUCAAGAAAAGACCCACUCAACCUCAACUUCCUCCCUCAGCACAAGCAGGGUCCACAUCAGCGGUCUCAAACAUCUUACAACAACUCAAAGCGGGCCCGGGCAAUCCAGUGGCACCACCUACUCGAGCCAGUAGUAGUAUUCAGGCUGGACCGGGGGUUUCGACCGAGGUGAAAAAGGAAGAAGAUGUCAAACCUCGAUAUAACUCUAAAGGGAAAUUGAUAAGGAACGUCAGGUUCAAAGAUGAUGUGAAACCUGAAGAUGGAGGUGGAGAUUUGGAACAGAUCAAGGAGUUCAGGCAGGAAGCUAAAGAAUUUGAGAGAUUUGAUUGGGAAGAAGAGGCCGAUCUACACGGACGUAGUGCGCACGAUCUGGAUAUUGAUGAAGGUGCCGCUCUGGCCUCGGCGAGGGGACAUAGUAUGAUAGAAUGGUAUGAACCUUCUCCUUAUAACGAGGAGAUCCGACUUGUCGAAACUCCAGAAUCAUCCGCUCAAGCUUCAAGAGAGCGGGAGACUUUAGCCCUAUUCAAUCCACCUGGUCAACCCAUUCCUGAUCCAUCCGAACUUGAUGUGAGAAUAGUGGAAGGAAUCAACCCCCAGAGGGAGAUGGAACCUGUGAACGCAAGUGAGGAGAUCUUAAAAUUCCAAUCGAGGGGAAACUAUCGACCUUCUCAACCUCAAGCUGGGUCAAGUGUCUUGCCUCAACAGGAGUUAGGAGAUUUGUUAAAGGGUUUAUCAAAUAUCAUUCCUCCUGCUCAGGUUCAACCACAACAGCAGCAGCAAGGCUAUGGAGGUGGAUUCGGAUAUGAUCCUUAUUCCACUCACAAUCAUGGACAUGAAAAUGGGAAUAAUCAACCGACUUGGGCGGGCUAUGGUAAUGGAAGUAGUCAGAAUCACAAUUAUUCACAUACGAGGAAUUACGACAAUUACGAUACAUAUAAUCAAUCCAGAAGUUCAAGACCAAUUGAUAGGGAUCCGAAAGUUCCUAUUUGUAGAUUCUGGUCCAGAGGAGAGUGA